AUGGCGGCGCUACUACGUCGGGGUGCGGUUCGUCUACUCACCAAAGCUAUGCGUUCUGAUGCGGUGCGUGUUGCCAAGUCUCACGUUCAGCCAAUUCGAUUUCCUCAAGUAAACUACAAUGACAUGACGAAACCUGAAGGACCGUGGCAGGAGAAAUAUGACGCUCUGAACGCAGAAUACUCAAAGUAUAUGUACCUCGGCAUAUGCUCUUUCGUGAUAUCACUCGGCAUCGUAGGUUCCCGUUUGCAUACGACUGAUUCACGAGCUUUAGACUUUGUACACGCUUGA